AUGAGACUCGGGAGCUUCCUCUCCGAGAAAAGCUGGAUGCAGUUGCUGGUCGACAGCAAGGCUUCCAAGAUGCCUACCAUCUGCCUGAAACAGCCAAAAGAGACUAGAGCCCCUUCUCUCCACCAUGUGUACAUCAUCAAUGUGACCUGGUCCGACUCCACAUCCCAGACCAUCUACCGGAGGUACAGCAAGUUCUUUGACCUGCAGAUGCAGCUUUUGGAUAAGUUUCCCAUUGAAGGUGGCCAGAAGGACCCCAAGCAGAGAAUCAUCCCCUUCCUUCCAGGCAAAAUCCUCUUCCGGAGAAGCCACAUCCGGGACGUAGCUGUGAAGAGGCUGAAGCCCAUCGACGAGUACUGCCGGGCACUUGUCCGACUGCCUCCCCACAUUUCACAGUGUGAUGAAGUCUUUCGGUUCUUUGAGGCCCGACCAGAGGAUGUCAACCCCCCAAAAGAGGACUAUGGCAGUUCCAAGAGGAAAUCAGUGUGGCUCUCCAGCUGGGCUGAGUCUCCCAAGAAGGACGUGACAGGUGCCGACACCAACGCCGAGCCCAUGAUCCUGGAACAGUACGUGGUGGUGUCCAACUAUAAGAAGCAGGAGAACUCGGAGCUGAGCCUGCAGGCCGGGGAGGUGGUGGAUGUCAUCGAGAAGAACGAAAGCGGCUGGUGGUUUGUGAGCACCUCUGAGGAGCAGGGCUGGGUCCCUGCCACCUACCUGGAGGCCCAGAAUGGUACUCGGGAUGACUCAGACAUCAACACCUCCAAGACUGGGGAAGUGUCCAAGAGACGCAAGGCCCAUCUGCGGCGUCUGGAUCGCCGGUGGACCCUGGGCGGGAUGGUCAACAGGCAGCACAGCCGAGAGGAGAAGUACGUCACUGUACAGCCUUACACCAGCCAGAGCAAGGACGAGAUUGGCUUUGAGAAGGGCGUCACUGUGGAAGUGAUCCGGAAGAACUUGGAGGGCUGGUGGUACAUCAGGUACCUGGGCAAAGAGGGCUGGGCGCCAGCAUCCUACCUGAAGAAAGCCAAGGACGACCUGCCAGCACGCAAGAAGAAUCUGGCAGGCCCAGUGGAGAUCAUCGGGAACAUCAUGGAGAUCAGCAACCUGCUGAACAAGAAGGCGUCGGGGGAUAAGGAGACUCCACCGGCCGAAGGAGAGGGCCCUGAGGUCCCCAUCGCCAAGAAGGAGAUCAGCCUGCCCAUCCUGUGCAAUGCCUCCAAUGGCAGCGCUCUGGGCGUCCCUGAGAGGAGUGUCUCCAAGCUGGCCCAGGGCUCGCCAGCCGUGGCCAGGAUUGCCCCUCAGAGGGCCCAGAUCAGCUCCCCGAACCUAAGGACAAGGCCUCCACCUCGCAGAGAAUCCAGCCUGGGGUUCCAGCUGCCGAAGCCACCAGAGCCCCCUUCUGUUGAGGUGGAGUAUUACACCAUUGCUGAAUUCCAGUCCUGCAUCUCUGACGGCAUCAGCUUUCGGGGUGGACAGAAGGCAGAGGUCAUCGAUAAGAACUCGGGUGGCUGGUGGUACGUCCAGAUCGGUGAGAAGGAGGGCUGGGCCCCCGCGUCGUACAUCGAUAAGCGCAAGAAGCCCAACCUCAGCCGCCGCACGAGCACACUGACCCGGCCCAAGGUACCACCCCCCGCCCCCCCCAGCAAGCCCAAGGAGGCCGAGGAGGGUCCAGUGGGCUCUGGGGAGAGCCAGGACUCCCCGCUGAAGCUCAAGUAUGAGGAGCCUGAAUAUGACAUCCCUGCCUUCGGCUUCGACUCAGAGCCAGAGCUGAGCGAGGAACCCACGGAGGACAGCGGCUCGGGGGAGCGGCGGCCCGCCCAGCCCCGUAGGCCCUCACCGGCCUCCUCACUGCAGCGGGCCCGCUUCAGGGUGGGCGGCUCUUCAGAGGACGUGGCCCUGGAGGAGGAGACCAUCUAUGAGAACGAGGGCUUCCGGCCGUGUGUCGAGGAUGCCCUGUCAGCCAGACGCUCCUCCCGGGACAGUGACUCCCCGGGGGGCUCCCCUCUGUCCCUUGCUAGAAAAAACUCCCCCAAAUCAGAUUCCCCCAAAUCGUCAUCGCUCCUAAAGCUCAAGGCAGAGAAGAACGCCCAGGCAGACCUGGGGAAAAACCACUCCUCUGCCUCCUUUUCUUCAUCCAUCACCAUCAACACCACCUGCUCUUCCUCCUCUUCCUCCUCCUCCCUGUCCAAGAACAGUGGUGACCUGAAGCCCCGUUCUGCCUCGGACGCAGGCAUCCGUGGCACGCCCACGGUUGGGGCGAAGAGGGACGCCGACCUAAAGGCUGGGCUGACCUCGUGCACCCGGGCUAAGCCGUCGGUCCGGCCCAAGCCGUUCCUGAGCCGAGCAGAGUCCCAGAGUCAAGAGAAGAUGGACAUCAGCACUUUACGGCGCCAGCUGAGACCCACAGGCCAGCUCCGGGGCGGUCUCAAGGGCUCAAAGAGCGAGGAUUCAGAGCUUCCCCCUCAGACGGCCUUUGAAAGUCCCAGUGAGGGGUCCAGGAGAGGCUCCGCUGACCUCAUUACCCCCCCAGCCGCCACACCCCCGUGUCCCACCAAGAAGGGACGAGAAGGGCAGGCCGCCUCCUACACGACAUGUAGUGCCUACCAGAAGGUCCAGGACUCAGAGAUCAGCUUCCCCGCAGGCGUGGAGGUACAGGUGCUCGAGAAGCUGGAAAGCGGCUGGUGGUACGUGAGGUUUGGGGAGCUAGAGGGCUGGGCCCCUUCCCACUAUCUGGUGCUCGGCGAGAACGAGCAAUCGGACUCCUCUGGCAAAGAGCCAGACACAGUGAGCGCCCAAAGCAAGCAGAACGAGGGCAAGUCAGACAGCCUGGAGAAGAUCGAGAAGCGGGUCCAAGCACUGAACACCGUCAACCAGAACAAGAGGGCCACGCCGCCCAUCCCCUCCAAGCCUCCGGGGGGCUUCGGCAAGACCUCGGCCGCCGGGGCAGUGAAGAUGAGGAACGGGGUGCGGCAGGUGGCAGUGAGGCCUCAGUCGGUGUUUGUGUCCCCGCCACCCAAGGACAACAACCUGUCCUGCGCCCUGCGUAGGAACGAGUCGCUUACUGCCACCGACGGCCUCCGGGGUGUCCGCCGGAACUCCUCCUUCAGCACCGCCCGCUCGGCUGCCGCAGACGCCAAGGGCCGCCUGGCCGAACGGGCCGCCAGCCAGGGCUCAGACGCGCCUCUGCUGCCCGCCCAGCGCAACGGCAUUCCCGUGUCCCCCGUGCGCCCCAAGCCCAUUGAGAAGUCCCAGUUCAUCCACAACAACCUCAAAGACAUCUAUGUCUCCAUCGCGGACUAUGAGGGGGAUGAGGAGACAGCAGGCUUCCAGGAGGGUGUGUCCAUGGAGGUCCUGGAGAGGAACCCCAACGGCUGGUGGUACUGCCAGAUCCUGGAUGGCGCAAAGCCCUUCAAAGGCUGGGUGCCCUCCAACUACCUGGAGAAAAAGAACUAA